UAUUCCCUCCAUCUCCAAAUCCAAUCAUAUUCUAUACUCUCCAACCAUUUUAAUCCAAAUCCUCACAAUCUUUUACUCAUUCCUCCACCAUGCAAACAAAAGAGUUUAAUACACAACUCAAUUAUUUACUCCCAAAUUCCAAUCCACCAUGCAACUACAACAUGUUCCAAACAUCUCAUCUCCAAAAUUUCUCCAACCAACAACUCUAUGGUACUUUCAACCAAACCCCUCUUCAAAUCCUCCAAGACUUCAGCCCUCAAUCCUCAUCCAUAAGCAACAACUCGACCUCCGACGAAGCGGACGAGCAAAACAAAGGACUGAUCAACGAGAGAAAACAUCGAAGAAUGAUAUCGAACCGGGAGUCAGCGCGCCGCUCGCGAAUGAGGAAACAGAAACACCUUGAUGAGCUUUGGUCACAGGUUGUUUGGCUAAGGAAUGAGAAUCAUAAACUAGUUGAUAAGCUGAACAGUUUUUCGGAGUCUCAUGAUAGAGUUGUGCAAGAGAAUGUUCAGUUGAAAGAACAAGCUUCGGAGCUUCGACAAAUGGUUUGUGACAUGCAGUUGCAUGGUUCUUGUCUCCCUUUGAGUCCUCUUGAAGAUGCUCCUAGCAUGAACUCACCUCAUGUUGAAUCAAUCACAAGUUAAGGAUGAUUAAAUUUGAACACAAGUUUUAAUAACUCUUCAAUUUUCCAUCUUGAAGUUCGGUUUUUUUGAGUUCUAUAAGGUGAAACCAUGAAAGGAAAUAACAUGUUUUGAGUAUUUAUUUUUGGUUUUUGUUCUAAUGAUUUCUUCUAAGCGAUGAAUAUUUGAAGUGGUUCAUAGCUA